AUGGCCAUCUCGGCCGUCACAGAACAGACUCGGAAUGCACCAAGUCUGAGUCAAAGGAAGUGGUCUGCCGCUUACUCAAGCCAGAAGAAGUCACCCGUGUGCGAAAAUACCGUUAUGGUAUCGCGAGGAGUGGAGAUGAUGGACAGAAUACCAGGCAAGUACGAUUGGGAUAAGCAAGGCGUGCAAGGAGCCGGCGUUGGACAAACACAGCCACGAUACAAGACAGCAGUUCGCAUUGACGACGCGCGACUCGAAUCUGAGGAUCCAGACGAAUGCAUAUCAGUCGGGCGGCUUUAUCUUUGGCGCAAGGGUUUGGAUUGUUUUGUUUUUACUAUGUUUUGCUUUUUGAUCGUGGUAUUGUCAUGGGCUCCUAUGCCUUUUAUAUGUAUUUUUAUUGCUGUUUAG